UUUGCUUCUCACCGCAUCCUACUUUGCUCUGGCUGGCAAGUUGUGUGAAGCCAUUAUUAACUGAGGUUUGAACUGUGAACGAGGCAGAAACUGACACUGGUCACCCUUGAUGAUAUGGGGAAAGGACAAACACAAACACACGGACACGCACAAGGACACGGACACGCACACGGACACAGACACAGACAAAGUAGUGGAAUUUGUUCCCCGUUCUCUAUAACAGGUUUGAAGAUGUGCCAAAAGGGAAUAGUGAAAACCGAAGACUUUACUUUUGGUCUAAGAUGAUUAUAUUUCACUACUGAAUUCUUGGAAUAGAAAGGGCAAUAAAACUCGACUUACAUUAGUGUAGAGCUUUCAUUUCAAGCUGGUUUAUGCAAUAUUAUCUCUGAAAGAUGUGUGUUUUAUCAAGCAUAAGUGCAUUGUUCAGAGAAAAUAUCCCAUAUACCAAUGCGAUAUGAUUUCUGAAAAGUAUGGAUUUUGUAGUGAAAUGGAGGAGCAACAUGCAGUAGAGAUCAUUCCACCCUAGCCUAACCUUGAACAAGUAACUCUAUCGUUCAGUUUUUCUCUGUUUCUGUAUGUGUGCGUGUGUGCGUGCGUUUGUGUGUGUGUGUCUGUGUGUGCGUGUCCGUUUGUGUGUCUCUCUGUUUCUCGCUCUCACUCUCCAGUAAGCCUUUGUUGUGGCUCUGUCUAUGAUAAGUAAUCGUGGGUGUUUUCCUGCAGACCUUCCUGUAGUUGAUCAGCUGUAGGACUGGCGAAUAACUGAUCGAAUGCAAUUGGAUGCUAUAUGUAGGGAUACACAUCGCUACUAUCAUUUCAGAGCUCGCGCCAUGGCUCCAUUCCUGCGGAUCGCUGUCAACACGUUUGACCUAGGGGCGCUGCCCCCACUGGACGGCCCGCCCAUCUGUGGCAUCAAGAUGAAGGAGUCCGUCAGCACAGAGCGAGGAAAGACCCUGGUCCAGAGGAAACCCACCAUGUACCCUGUCUGGAAGACCUCGUUCGACGCUCACACCCACGAGGGCCGAGUCCUCCAUGUUCUCCUCAUGAGGUCGGCGGAGGAGCCCCUGUCCGAGGCCACGGUGAGCCUGUCCGUCCUGGCCGAGCGCUGCAAGAAGGGCAAGAACAACUGCUGCACCGACUUCUGGAUGGACCUGCAGCCCUCUGGCAAGAUCCUGAUGUCGGUGCAGUUUUUCCUGGAAGACACGGACACGGUUUCAUGUAAGUCGUCGGUGAGGGUCAUCGCGGAGGACGGGCUGACCACCCUGACCCGGCGCCGGGGGGCCGUCAAGCAGCCCAAGGUCCACCUCAUCAAGAACCACGAGUUCAGCGCCAUCUUCUUCGGCCAGCCCACCUUCUGCUCCGUCUGCAAGGAGUUCAUCUGGGGUCUCAAUAAGCAGGGGUACAAGUGUAGACAGUGCAAUGCAGCGAUACACAAGAGAUGCAUUGAGAAGAUCAUCGGCAGGUGUACUGGAACCGCCGCCAACAGCCGGGAUACAAUGUUCCAGAAGGAGCGCUUUAAGAUUGACAUGCCCCAUCGCCUGAAGCACCACAACUACAGGGGCCCUACCUUCUGUGACCAUUGCGGCAGCCUACUCUGGGGCCUCUACAAGCAGGGCCUCAAAUGUGAAGACUGCUCCAUGAACGUCCACAGCUACUGCCAGGGCAAGGUGGCCAACCUCUGUGGCAUCAACCAGAAGCUCCUGGCCGAGGCGCUCUCCUACAUCAGCCAGAAACCCGCCAAGAAGCCGGACGAUGGGUCUGACUCUGCAGUAGGGAUUUACCAAGACUUUAAGAGCGCAGAAGUGGACCCUAGUGAAGAGGUAACCGCAAAGCAGGACUCCGGUACGGCGUUGGCCCGACGCCUGACAUUCAACCAGCUUGUGUUCCACAAGGUGCUGGGCAAAGGCAGCUUCGGCAAGGUGCUGCUGGCUGAGCUGAAGGGUCAGGGGGAGUACUUUGCGGUGAAGGCCCUGAAGAAGGACGUGGUCAUGAUGGAUGACGACAUAGAGUGCACCAUGGUGGAGAAGAGAGUCCUCUCCCUGGCUUGGGACAACCCCUUCCUCACGCACCUCUACUCCACCUUCCAGACCAAAGAACAUUUGUUCUUUGUAAUGGAGUACCUGAAUGGCGGAGACCUGAUGUUCCACAUCCAGGACAAGGGCCGCUUCGAUGUCAACAGAGCCACAUUCUAUGGCGCUGAGAUCAUAGUGGGACUGCAGUUCCUUCACUCCAAAUGCAUCAUCUACAGGGACCUAAAGCUGGACAAUGUGAUGCUGGACAAGGAUGGACACAUCAAGAUCGCAGACUUUGGGAUGUGCAAGGAGAAUGUGUGUGGAGAGAACAAAGCCACCACUUUCUGCGGAACACCAGAUUACAUCGCACCAGAGAUCCUGUUGGGGCAGAAGUACACCUUCUCGGUGGACUGGUGGUCCUUUGGCGUGCUGGUGUACGAGAUGCUGAUCGGCCAGUCGCCGUUCCAAGGGGAUGACGAGGACCAGCUGUUCGAGUCCAUCCGAAUGGAUACCCCGCACUACCCACGCUGGAUCACCAAGGAGUCCAAGGACCUCAUGGAGAAGUUGUUUGAACGAGACGUCAGUCAAAGGCUGGGCGUGGUUGGGAACGUUCGGCUGCACAGCUUCUUCAAGUCGAUAAACUGGCCUGCUCUGGAGCGGAGAGAGGUGAAGCCCCCAUUCAAGCCCAAAGUGAAAGGCCCAAACGACUGCAGCAACUUUGACAAGGAGUUCCUGAACGAGAAGCCACGCUUCUCCCACGCCGACAAGAACCUCAUCGACACCAUGGACCAGGCAGCGUUCGCUGGCUUCUCCUUUAUCAAUCCCAAACUGGAACGCAUGAUGGCGAAAUGAAGAGCCAAAAUGGCUCUGCUGAAAACAUUGGUUCUAUCCAUGCAUACUACUGGUACGCCUUAUCGUUCAACUAAAGAAAAAAAAUCUUUCCAGGCUCUCCUGAAGAGUGUGACUUAAAAAAAGGAGAAAUGGCAUGAUAUUGGCUUGUAAUUGAUGUAGCCCACACCAGACUCUGAAUCAUAGAUGAGGAACCUGAAGGAAAGUCUGUUGAAUGGCUUAAACCUGUACAGAAUACUGCUACAGUAUAUCAAUCAAUGUUGGUCUAUACAUCAGGGAUUUUCUCUAUUCUAUUCACUGGUCUCUUAAGCUUAAGAUCACACAUAUAUUAUGUCUCGAUUGUAUCUGUAACUAUGGGUAACAUUUGAACCUUCAGCGUAAGGAUUGUGACUU